UCUCUAGACCAAAAUUUGAAUUGAGGGUUUUCCUCCUCCACUCUCUCUCUCUCUCUCUCUCUCUCUCUCUGCAACUCUGAGCCAACAAAGAGCAGAACGGUCUUCAAUGGCGGUUCAUAAUUGCCAAAGCUCACGUAGAAUAGCUUGCAGAACAUUUUAGCUCCAUUCCAACUCUCUCUCUCGCUCUCGCUCGUUGGCGUUUCGUGCCGCUAGGGUUUUAAUUGAUCCGACAUUUCUUGGCUUCUUCAACAGUUGAUCCUCCCGCCCUCUCUCUCCCUCUCUCUCUAUAUGUAUAAGUAUAUAUUUAUAUACAUAAGUAGGUAGAUCGGUGCGAUAAGAAUCGAAGGUGGAGUGGGGGCAAUGGAGGCAAUACUAAUCGACUGUGUUAAAAAUAGCAUGCGGAACUUGAUGUUCCGAAACGCCAUUUUCAUGUGCGAGCGCCUCUGCGCCGACUUCCCCUCCGAGACAAAUUUGCAAUUACUUGCUGGAUGUUACUUGCAGAAUAAUCAAGCUUACUCCGCUUACUAUAUUUUAAAGGGAACACAUAUGGCUCAGUCCCGCUACUUGUUUGCGAUGUCAUGUUUUCAGAUGGAUCUUCUUAGUGAAGCAGAAACAGCACUUUGUCCGUCUAAUGAGCCUAGCGCAGAGGUUCCAAAUGGUGCGGCUGGCCAUUACCUUCUUGGUCUUAUUUAUAGGUACACUGAUAGAAGGACAAGUGCUAUUCAUCAUUUUAAGCUGGCACUGUCUCUGGAUCCCUUAUUUUGGGCUGCUUAUGAGGAGCUGUGUACUUUAGGUGCUGCUGAUGAAUCAACUUCAGUUUUUGGUGAAGUAGCUGCUCUUUGUAUUCGAAGUCAGUUCCUAAAUCAUAGAUUGGAUUACCUGAACUCACAGGCAUCCAGUGACGAUCUUAAUUUAGCUUCUAGUAGAAAUGUUGGCUCUGAAGAUAUCAGUCCGAGGGAUGUGAGACCUACAAAUACCAAUAAUGCAAGGGAUGUCCCUGGAAAUUCUCAUGGAGCAGUUAUCUCUGGAGGAGCUGCUAGUCAACCUCUAAAUGGGGGUGCUGCUAACAUGGCAUUCUACAAUACUCCUUCACCAAUGGCUGCACAGCUAUCAGCUGUUGCUCCACCCCCUGUAUGCAAAAAUGUUCAGCCUACAGGCCCAAACUCUAAUGCAGUCAAUAUUGAUGUGUCACCUAGGUCAACUGUGAACUCCACAAUUCAAGCCCCUCGAAGGAAGUUUGUGGAUGAAGGGAAAUUGAGAAAGAUAUCUGGGAGGUUAUUUUCUGAUUCUGGACCUCGGCGAAGCACCAGACUUGCGGGUGAAGCGGUAGCAAAUACAAAUUCAAGUGCCAUAAGUGUAGCUGGAAAUGGAACCAGCCAUUCUUCUAAGUAUCUUGGUGGUUCUAAGUUAAACUCUUUGACAUUUCGCUCAGUGACAGUUCGCAAGGGACAAUCCUGGGCCAACGAGAGUUUUGAUGAAGGGAUACGCCAUGAGGUUCAUGAUGAUUCUCGUUCAAAUAUCACUGCCUCAAGUUCAUCUCCUUCCAGUGAUUUAAGAUCUGUUGAACAGGGAGCAACUGCAUCAACUGGUGGGGUUGCUGUGAGUAGCUCUAGAAUCAUAAAUGGUGCUUCAGAAAUACUAGCUCUCCUAAGGAUUCUCGGGGAGGGUUAUAGGCAUUCCUGCAUGUACAGGUGUCAGGAUGCACUGGAUGCUUAUCUGAAACUGCCACACAAACAUUACAAUACAGGCUGGGUGCUUUCCCAGGUCGGAAAAGCUUAUUUUGAGUUGGUUGAUUAUCUAGAAGCUGAUCGUGCUUUCAGUCUUGCCCGUUUGGUAUCUCCUUACAGUUUAGAGGGGAUGGAUAUCUAUUCUACAGUUCUAUAUCACUUGAAGGAGGAUAUGAAGUUAAGUUACCUGGCUCAGGAGCUUAUAUCAACUGAUCGCUUAGCUCCUCAAUCUUGGUGUGCAAUGGGAAAUUGUUACAGUUUGCAGAAAGACCAUGAAACUGCUCUUAAAAAUUUUCAACGAGCUGUCCAACUGAAUUCAAGAUUUACAUAUGCACAUACCCUUUGUGGACAUGAAUAUGUGGCGUUGGAGGAUUUUGAGAAUGGAAUUAAGAGCUACCAGAGUGCCCUUAGGAUUGAUGCAAGACAUUAUAAUGCUUGGUAUGGUGUUGGAAUGAUCUACCUGCGGCAGGAAAAGUUUGAGUUCUCAAAGCAUCAUUUCCGAAUGGCUUUUCAAAUUAAUCCACGUUCUUCGGUUAUAAUGUCUUAUCUUGGAACAGCUUUCCAUGCCUUAAAGAAAAGCAAUGAAGCUUUGGAGGUGAUGGAGAAGGCCAUUUUGGCAGAUAAGAAAAAUCCUCUGCCUAUGUAUCAGAAAGCUAAUAUACUCGUGAGCAUGGAAAGAUUUGAUGAAGCUUUAAAAGUCCUAGAGGAACUUAAGGAGUAUGCCCCUCACGAAAGUAGUGUGUAUGCUUUAAUGGGCAAGAUAUAUAAAAGGAUCAAUAUGUAUGACAAGGCUAUGCUUCAUUUUGGUCUAGCUCUGGAUUUGAAACCACCUGCAACAGAUGUUGCUUCCAUUAAGGCUGCCAUAGAGAAGUUGCAUGUACCGGAUGAAUUAGAAGAUUCCUUAUAAAGCAGUUUAUGGGUAGGGUAGAGAAGCAGUGAGCAUGUGUAAAUUUCAAGGCUCCAAGUACUAAGACCUCGCUCGUGCUAUCUAUCGAACUGCUGCUGAAUGAGAGACGACCUGAUCUGAAGGCGUACUCCAUUUCUUGGGCACGCUGAGCAGCAGGCAGCGGGAGCAUAGUUAUAGGUCUUCCUCUCCUCAUCCUUGCUUAGGAUCAAACUGACAUUGUAACUAAAAGCUACAAAACAGUAGCCAUAGUUUCCAAAGAUGCCGAAUCUAGCUGCCUUGUACUAGUGAUCUGCAAUUGAUUUGUCAUUCAAUUUAUUUCAAAAAUAAUUGCGGCGCUCACACUUCCUGUAGAUUUAUGCUUCCUGUAACCUCUUUUGUUCCUUUUUCUAAUUCCUCACUGUUCUUCCUUGGACAAAUAUGUAGUCAAUUUUGUUAUCAAGUUGGGGCAUGCAUAUAUUUAA